AUGCAGGCUUCUCCAUUUCGAAUGAGUCAACUAACUCCACCUGAAGAACUUCAUACUGUUGCCUAUGUGUUUACAAAUGGUGGGCCGCAAAUGAGGAGUGAUGAAGUAAAUCCGGUUGCAAAAGGACAUCAAAGCAAAAAGAAACAUUCCAGAAAAUCUAAGAGACACUCUUCAUCUAAGAGAAGGAAGAGUAUGUCCCUGUGGUUAGACAAACAGGAAGAUGCUAGCGUCACUUACAAUGUCCAUGAAGAGAAGAUAAAAAAUGGCCAACCAGCACACAAUAAUGUCAUUGCAACUGUUCCAACAGCGCUUAUUAAUAUGGCAGCAGCUGGAAUUUCAUCCAUGAGUACCAGGGACCAGUAUGCUGCAGUCACUCACAACAUCCAUGAAGAGAAGAUAAAUAACAGCCAACCAGCAACUAAUAACAUCUUGUCAACUGCUCCACCAUGGCUUGGUGCUAUGGCAGCAGCAGGAAUUUCGUCUACGAAUGCUGCAGUCACUCAUAACGUCCAUGAAGAGAGGAUAAAUAACAGCCAACCAGCAGCUGAUAACAUCUUGUCAACUGCUCCACCAUGGCUUGGUGCUAUGCUCAACCUCUUCACUUGGUUUCCACACGCUACCGUCAAUCACAAUGUCCAUGAGGAGGGGAUGGAAAAUGGUCAACCCCAACGAGAUAAUGUCGUGUCAAAUGUUCUAUCAGGGCUUAUUAAUAUGACAGGAGCUGGUAUUCCAGCAAGGAGUACCAGGGAUCUGUAUGCUACCAUCACUCACAACAUCUGUGAAGAGAGGAUGGAAAAUGGCCAAUCCCAAACUGAUAAAGUCUUCUCAACUGUUUCCCCAUGGCUUGUUCAUAGGGCUGCAGCUGGUAUUCCAUCCAUGAGUACCAGAGAUCUGUCAGGGCUUAUGAAUUUCACAUGGGCUGGUAUUUCACUCAUGAGUACCAGGAAUCAGUAUUCUACCGUCACUCGCAAUAUCCGUGAAGAGAGAAUGGAAAAUGGUCAACCCCAACCUGAUAACAUCUUGUCAACUGGUCCCAUAGGACUUAUUAAUAUGGCAGCAACUCCUAUUCCAGCCACGAGUGCCAGGGAUCUCUAUGCUACAGUCACUCACAAUGGCCAUGAACAGAAGAUGGAAAAUGUCCAACCAGCACCUGAUAAUGUGCUAUUGACUCUUCGACCACAGCUUAUUAAUAUGGCAGCCACUGGUAUUUCAACCAUGAGUACCAGGGAUCCGUAUGCUACCAUCACUUACAAUGUCCCUGAGGAGAAGAUGGAAAAGGGCCAACCCCAACCUGAUAACGUCUUGUCAACUGCUUCAACAGGGCUUAUUAAUGUGGCAGGAGCUUGUGGUUUUAUUGUAUUGUCUUUUGUAGAUAUCACCGCCACUCACAAUGUCCAUGAGGCGAAGAUGAAAAAUGACCAACAGAGACCUGAUAACUCCUUGUCAACAGUUCCACCAGGGUGUACUAAUCUGUCAGGAGCUGGUAUUUCAUCCAGGAGCACCAGGGGUCUGUAUUCUACUGUCAUUCACGAUAUCCAGGAGGAGGAAAUGGAAAAUGGUCAAAUCCCUCCUGAUGGCCUCCUGUCAAAUUCUGAUUUACCAGAGCUUAUAAAUAUGACAGGACAUCGUAUGCCACCCAAGGCGUUGGGUUCUUUCUCUUACGACUUCACAAGUCUCAGCAAAGAUGAGCUGCUUUACAAACCUGAUAGUAAUGAAUUUGCUGUAGGCAUCAAAAACUACAGUGUCUCUGCAGGUGACCCACCAGUCACAGCAAUGUCUUCAGUGGAAACUGUGCCAAAUACACUACAAAUAUCUCCUGCCAUGGCAAAGAAAAUUAAUGAUGAUAUAAAAUAUCAACUAAUGAAAGAAGUUCGAAGGUUUGGGCAAAAUUAUGAAAGAAUUUUCAUUUUGCUUGAAGAGGUACAAGGAUCUAUGAAGGUCAAGAGACAAUUUGUUGAAUUUACCAUCAAGGAAGCAGCAAGGUUUAAAAAAGUUGUCUUAAUUCAGCAACUCGAGAAGGUGCUUAAAGAAAUAGAUUCCCACUGCCAUCUCAGAAAAGUUAAGCACAUGAGAAAAAAAUAAUUGUGUUAGUGCAAAGACCAAGGAGAAACAAGAACAUAUG